AUGGCUUGUGACAUGGGUAUGCCAGCUGAGGAGAGCCACUCUCAGCUGCCAUCAUUCGGCCAGCCGUCAGCAGCCGCCGAUGCAUACGCCAAUGGCGGCCAGAACUAUUUCACAGCAGGCUGGCAGGCGGUGCAGCCGAAGAGGCCCCAGACAGCGGCGCCAAAACUGGCAGUCCCAGAGCUGCGGGGCCCUAGUAGCGCAGCUCAGACACAGCCAGCCUUUGUGAACAACCAGGCUGGGCCGCCACCGCCGUCCUUCGGGCAGCAGCAGCCGUCAAGCGCGCAUACCUACUUUGCGCAGCCGCCGAGGGCCGGUGCGGCCAGCUUCCUCCCGGCCGCGCCGCCGGCGUUCGGCCGGCAGCAGCCAGCACCAGCUCCCCUCGCCAGCAGCCAAUGGCCUGUGUACAAUCAGCAGCAGCAGCAAUUCCCUCCGCAGCCGCCGUCCUUCCCGCCUUCACACGCGCCGGAGGCCGUUGCAAGCGCGCAGCAGUGGCAGGCUCCUCAGGCGCUGCAGUGGGGCCAGGGCACCCAGGAGGCCGCUCAAUAUUACCCAGAAGCCAGCGCAUCCCAGUGGCCGCAGAGCUCCAGCGCUGGCUACGCUGCUUGGGGAGAGGCUGCCAGUCAGGAGGCCGGCUCGUACUACCCAGAUCCCGCCGAGCCUCUGGAUGCGACUGGAACAGAGCAGCAGGCCUUCAAUGGAGCUGCCGAGCAGGCUGCACAGCCCCAGCAAGGCUGGCAAGCUGACCCCUUGCAGACAGCUGGGCCCGGCUGGGGAGAUCAGAGCAGCGCCGCGGGGGGUCCGGUAGAAGCUGUGGCGUCUGCCGGCGCGAGCGGCUACGGCGCGCCGCCGCCGACCGGACCGGCUCCGGGCCUGGAGGUCUCCGAUACGGACUUCUGGGACAUGCAGGACAGCGGAGACAGCACCCAGAAACCGCCUGCCCUCGCAGAAACUGGGGGCACUCAGUCGGUCGGCCCGGUAGAGCAGACAGAGCAACCCCAGGGCACCACCGACCCAAGUGAGCCUGCGCCGGUAUCCUCAGGCCCUCAGCAAGGCAUCGAUGAGACAGAAGCAGCAGAGGUGGCGGCAGAAAAGGCACUUCCUGAGUCGGCAGCUGACGAGAGCCGUCCUCCUUUGGAGACCCAGCAGCAGCAGCCAUCGUGGGGUGGAUCUGAGGGAGUUGGAGACCCUGCUCAGGUGUCUGCACGGGAGCAGAUAUUCCCAGCCGCACACACCGACCAUGGAGUCAGCGAUGCAGGCGAGUGGCCCGGGCCCAAUCACGAGCAACAGCCUGUGGAGCUGGGGAGCUAUCAGCAGGCGGACUGGAAUGCAACCCAGUGGCGGCAGCAGCAGGCGCACGCACCGGCAUAUGGGCAGCCACAGCCGUCAUUCCAGCCUCAGUGGCACCAGCAGCUGCAGGCGAGUGGGGCAGGCUACUCGCAGCCCCAUGACCCCUCCUAUGAAUACUACUCUCAGCAGCAGCCGCACCACGAUGUUGUGCACGAGAGCGCGGGGCCUGCCGUGCCGGGGGUUACUAACCGGGUUAGUAACAUACCGUUCACGCCAUCCCCGCGCACGCCCAGCUUCCACCAGCCGCCGGCGGCCGUGUGGGGCAGCCAGAUCAGGCACCAGUCCGCGGCGGAUUCGGGGUUAGUACCGGGGACGGCUGCGGAGGGAACGCGCGUCGCCCACGGCCGGCCCCCCUGCGCAGUCAUCGCCUGGGGCUUCGGCGGCCGAUGCGCUGUCAUGCGGCCCAGGAUGCAAGGCAGCGUGUUUUCGGCGGGUCCAGUCAGCCUGGAUAUGCGGUGGCAGCCGGGGCAGUUGCAUCCCAUGCGCGUUGCCACUCUGACAGCAGACCUUGCGCAGCUGCAGCCACAGGCACAGUGGACGCAGGCUGGCGUGAAGGAUGACUCGCAGGAGCUGCUGGAGCAAUUCCCAGGGCCCCUCACGCCCUCACUGCCUCGCGAUAAGGCGGCGAGGGGAGAUGAGGCGGACAGGGCCUCUGUGACUGCUGCCAUGUGGCAUGUGUUGCGCCUGCUUGCAGUCAAUGGUGGCAGCCUGCGCUCACAGACCAAGGGCGGCAAGACGAAGGACCAGCUCACUCCUGACCCUGCUGCAGCGGCUUCCAUGCAGGCUCUGCUGAUGAGCGGACAGAAGGCAGAAGCCCUCAAGGUGGCUGUUGAGGGGCAGCUAUGGGGUCCAGCGCUGCUGCUGGCGCGCACAUGCGGCGACCGAGCGUUUUCCGACACGGCGACGGCGAUGGCGGCUGCGGUUGCCGCCCCGGGAAUGCCGCUGUACUGCGCGUUUCACAUGCUGGCCGGCCGCCCUGACGCCGUGUUGCCGGCCCCGGGCGCCGCGAUCGCGCCGGCGGGCCCGGCCGGGCAGGCGGGCGGCAAAUCCGGGCCACCCUCGGGCAGCUUCGGCCUCAAGGCCCUCCUUGCGGGGGCCCCUCCCAAGCAGCAGGAGGCGGCUCCUGUCGAGGAGGAGGCGGGGCCAAGCGCGGCUGAGGUGGCAAUGCUGACAGAGUGGCGGGAGAACCUGGCCAUCCUAGCUGCCAACAUGGCGACCCCUGCUGAUGAGGCCCUCAUUGCGCGUCUCGGGGACCGCCUGUGGCAGCACAAGGGGCAGGAGGAUGCGGCGCAGCUGUGCUACUUGGUGGCGGGGCUCAUGCCGCAGCCGUAUGACCCGGCCGCGCGGCUGUGCCUGCUGGGAGCAGAUCACCGGGCGGCGCCGCGAUCGCUCGCUUCUAUUCCUGCGCUGCAGCGCACCGAAGUCCUUGAGUGGGCCAAACUCCCCGGGGCUGCCCAGCCGGGGGCGCUGACGCUGCCCAUGCUGCCCUACAAAGUGGUCUACGCGGCGCGGCUGGCCGAGGCUGGCCUCAUAGCGCCCGCUGUGCACUAUGUAGGCCUCGUGCAGGCAGCACUCGCCUCUUUUGGCGCCAAGGUGCCCCCUGGUCUGCUGGUCUGCCGCGCCAUGGUGGCCGAGCUGGAGGAACGCCUCCGAACGCAUGCCUCGAUGUUCAACCUGUCGGUGAAGCAUUCGCAGAGCAGCUCAUUCAUCAGCGGCCUGGGGCGCUUCCUGGACCGGGGCAUCAACAAGCUCAUCAGCGGGGGGGAGGUCCCCCCAUCUGGACCCCCCUCCACCGGAUCAGAGGUGGAUCCCUUUGGCCUCCGUCGCCGCAAUGACUCUGGCUCUCCACAGCACCGGCGAUCCGGCAGCGCACAUGCGCACACCUCCUCAGACAGCUUCACCGGCGCGCACGGCCAGCCACACACCGGCAUCACCCCGAGCCCGGCCGCGCAUGCAGCGGCCAGGUCUAGCAGCCCGGGCCCCCAGCCGCCGCAGCCAUCGGGCAGCGCAUUUGCGAAUGCCGGCCCGCCGGAUCUGGCGGCUGCGGCAGCCGAGCGGCGGGGUGCGCCCGGCAAUGCGCCCAGCAGCGCUCUUAGCAGCACGUCGUCCCUGCGCAGCAUGCUGGGCAACCUGGGUGGCCUGCUAGGCGCUGCAGCUCCUGCCAGCAGCAAGGAGGCGAGGUUGGGUGAGGAGAACAAGUUCUUCUACGACAAGGAGCGUGGCAUGUGGCGGGAGCAGGGCGCGGAGAUCCCCGCCGCGGCCGCGCCGCUGCCGCCUCCACCUGCAAUCCGCCGCGCACCCGACAGCGCCCCAUCUGCAGGUGCUCCUCUCUUCGCAAGACCCCACUGA